GGUUCUGGAUUGUAGAAUCCGCCAGGUCUAUCUCUGGAAGUCUCAAAGAUACACCGUACACCCACCAUAAUACUCCCAGGACAGUGGCAGCAAUAAGAAAUGAGAUACAAUGCCAGUGGUGUAGUUAUUUUUUCGAUCGUUCGGUCUUAGGUAACCAGGUCGUCACGCAAUUGGCCAUGUCGAAGACGCCAUUUUAACGGUCGCCGCCAGUCAUGCUCCGGGCACUGUCUUUUGACUACGGCAUUAAUUCAGGUUGUGAUGACAACAGAGGCCAUUCGAUACCAGGCGUGUUUGUUCUUCGGCGACGCCUAUUUUCUUUCGAGAAACUCCGAUCACAUAAUACCCAGAGAAUCAGCACCAAUCAUCUGCAACGAACGGUGCGUGCUUGACCACCGAAGCGACCUCGAUGUCCGGCCUAAUACAGCUCAACCACUUCACCGUGUACCUUUACCGGCUUGCUUGACGGUUAUCAUCGGUCAGGAUUGGAACGAACUGCAGGAAGGAUCAAGGGGGUCGGGAACAUGCAGAGAUCACUCGUCGGCGGUGGUGUACAACGUACAGUUGUCCUGGGUUGUAUGGAUCAGUGGCUGACCUGCAGUGGUUGACGUCAAGUCUCUCUGUAAAGGAGGUGCAAUCUGGGAAUCACAACCUAGAUCCUACCAUCGACAUGCCGCGGUGAUGGGUAAUCAUGGAUAGCUCGGCUUCAGAGACCACCUUUCGAGGGGGCUAUCGCGCCAGCAACCUGGAACGAAAGGACCGGACUCUUGCAGCUAGACUGGUCUUAUUAUAGGCUAAUGUUGCAAGCGAGGCAGAGGUACAUUGUGGAUCGUGAUUGCUGGUCUCCCCAGUCACCAAUCCGGGGCCGCUGUGGGCUUGACUCCGUGCCAUGCAGUGCAGUGGUAAUUUAGGUAGGAACAGGUGACUAGCAGGGGGGCGUGAUACAGCAUGGCGAUGGGGUGCAGAGCCAGCGCGAUGGCGAUAGCGACUAUCUGGACCAGUCUCGCGAGAUGAUUUGAUAUUCGAGGAGAUAGGACCGAAAGUUUGAAGGUCGCCGUCUGGGGUUGCACUGCGCAGCUGCGGGCACUUGACGGCAUCUUUCACCGGCCAGCGACCGGCAAACGCGGUUUUCCGCCACUUAGGGCGCCGAGAAAAGCUUGGCUUCUUC